AUGGCCUUGCCCUUUGCUUUUCUGGUGAAUUUGGUGAUGCUUCUCUGCAGUUCAACCUUCUCUCUGGCCUGCACCCUGCCUCAGACUCACAGCCAGGGCAACAUGAGGGCCUUGAUUCUCCUGGGACAAAGGAGGAGAAUCACUGCCUUGUCCUGCCUGAAGCACAGACAGGACUUUGGCUUGGCCGGGCUGGAGUUUGAAGGCAAGCAGGUCCAGAAGGCUCAGGCCCUCUCUGUCCUACAUGAGAUGAUCACGCAGACACUCAACCUCUUCACAUCACAGUACUCAGGUGCUGCGUGGAACCAGAGUCUCCUUGACAGCUUCUGUGCUGGCCUCUAUGAGCAGCUGAAUGACCUGGAGGCCUGCCUGACUCAGGAGACAGGGCUGGAAGAGCCUCUCCUGAUACAUGAGGACUCCAGACUGGCUGUGAGGAAAUACUUCAACAGGAUCACUGUCUACCUGAAAGAGAAGAGCUACAGUCCUUGUGCCUGGGAGGUAGUCAGAGCAGAAAUCUGGAGAUCAUUCUCAUUUUCAGCAACUUUGCAAGGCAGAGUCCAGAGGAAGCAAUGA